AUGAGGGGUUUCUGAGCUUUGAAAUGUAGUUGAAAGAUAUACAUUUUGUUAACUAUAUCAAAACUGAAGGAGCAACUCUUUUGCAUGAAUAAAACCUUUUAUAAACACUAUGAACAUUCUAUGACAAAUGCCCAUUCUUGGACCCCUCACAAUAGCUUAAUAAUGUUUUAAUCCUCGAAGGAGAAGUUCUGGGUAAUUCUUAUUGGAAAGAGGCAUGAACUAAAGGCUUAUUCAAACUUAAAAACUUAUGACUUCUACAUGAUCGAACCCAUUACCUGCUAGAAUCUCUUAAACUAUAAAAUCUCUAUCUCACAUAGCUUGAUAUCUAUUUCUUCGAAGGUUAAUCUUAGAUAUCGAGAAGUGGCCAGCCCUUGAUUAGAUUUCUGAAUUUAUCGAUAUUGUUCUUCCAAUCACUGACACUCUUGUUUCCUGGUCAGAACAAAUCCAGUUUC